AUGACACGUGGAGCUAAGGACGGCAAUGAUGGCCUCCUCCGACUGCUUGCCUACCGCGGGCUGCCAGAUGACCAGAGCCUUCGAGCGAAGGUUUGGAAGGCCUUGCUGGGCUACCUGCCGAUGAAGCGUCACGAUGAGUGGAACGCAAUUUACGGCGAGAAGCGCGCGCUGUACGCCAGCUACCGGAGUGAGCUCCUCACUGUGAGCUCGAGCCAGGAGGUUUCUCUCAACGUCGCCUCCAAGAGCCCAGGCAGUGAGAUAGACGAUCAGGACCUGCUGCAGGAGAUCAAAAACGACGUCGAGAGGACACGUCGUGAUUUCGAGUAUUUCCGGCGCCCUGCCACCAAAGCAGCACUGACUGCACUGCUCUUCGUUUAUGCCAAGCUGAAUCCGGGCGUUCGGUACGUGCAAGGCAUGAACGAGAUCGCCGCCGUUCUGCUUUAUGUAAUGUCUGCAGAAACCGAUGCAGAGACCGACGCGUUCUGGUGUUUCAGCGAGAUGAUGGCUGAGAUCAAAGAUGGCUUCAUGCAAGCUCUGGACCACAGUGGGGAAGGCGUCUACGGCAUGGUCGAGGAGAUCUCGCAGAUGCUGCGGAGCUACGACCCGCAGCUCGCCAGGCAUCUCGCGCGCGCGGAGCUCUCACUUUUUGUCUUCGUCCUGCGCUGGUGCACCGUCCUUUUCGCUCAGGAUGCGACGCUGCCCGAUGUCCUCCG